AUGAAUUCGUAUGCAAGAGAUAAACAAUUUUUACAAUCAGUUGGUGUAGCUAGAUUAGGUAUUGAGGCAGUUAUUGCUGCUGAUUCUGGAGGUGAUAUUCUUGGUAGGUUUAUUGCUAAAGCAAUGCUAAAGAUAUUAUUAAAUCAUGAAAGAUUAACAAAAUUGGAUAAUUUUAUUACCAUUAAUAAUGAUAGUGAUGAUGAUGAUAAUAGUUUACCUAUAAAAGUAAAAGAUUAUUCAAAUUUAAAAAGUAAUUUCCUGUUCUGA